AUGGAGCAAUCGUCUCACACAGAAACCUUUGCUCAGGUCCAACUCGGCCACGGCCCCAAUGGCUAUGAAAACGUAUCAACGGCAAAGGCAGACGAAGCUUGCUACAAACACGAGCACGAGUCGAUCAAGGCUACGCUCACGCGCCUUUGCAAGCCUCGUCUAUGGCCAAAGGGGUCUUACAGCACGUAUUGCCCUCGGCCGAUUCUCGUCCACGAGAAGCACAAGGAGCGCUUGCAGGAGCUGAAUGAUGCGCUGGUUGCCUCGAUUACGGAUAUCGUGGAUCGAUGGUGGGUUGACACUGCGGCGGAUUUCCCGGGGAGGAUGCCGCUCGGUGAAAUGGAGCAGGAGCUUUUAAAGUACGUCGAGUUGCAGUCUGUUACUGGGACGCUGCCUCCUUAUGCGGCUUGUAGAGGGUCGUGGAGACCUGAUUUCCUGGUCGAGGAACUCGUGGGCGAAGAUGGCGGCCUGGUUGAGAACUUUCGGAUUACUGAGAUCAAUGCUCGGUUCUCUUUCAAUGGAUUCAUGCAUGCCGCGUAUGGGCAAUUGGGCCUGGAGGAGAUGGGCAUGAAGACAUAUGGACUCGUCAGUGCUACGGAGCCAAAAGAGGUAAGUAGAGCCUUGAUUGAUUGUUUCAUUCUUAUUGACGGAUUGUUUACUCUCUUCCGGCGAGAUCGGCCUAUUCAUCUUCUUAAAGGCGAAGAAGCUGGAAUUGACAUUCACAUGUUUGUCGAUGCUGCAAGACGCCGUCUAGGCUAUGCUCCGCGUAUAGUUGACCUCGCAGAUCUGAGACUGGUGGCAGACUCUAGAAGCAAAUCGGGCUAUACGCUCUGUGCUGUCUUCAGGAAUCUUCAACGCGGUGCUGCGAUUCCAGACGUUUCUUCCUUGUUCUUCACGUCCGAGGGGGAGCUGGUUGAGGAGAUUUACCAGGUUGGGCUGGAGCUUCACCAGCGGGAGUUGCUUGCCAUGAGACCCGAGAUGCUGCGGGAGAUUAGUCUGCGCUGCUUCAACGACAUGAGAACCAUUCUGCUGGUCCACGACAAGAGGAUGCUCGGCAUCGUCAAGCAGGAACUGCAGAAGCAAGUCGCGCUCAGAGUCAUCACCGAAAGACAGGCCAUGAUCCUCGACAGGGGCAUCGCAGACACACUCCUGCCUGGGUCCCUGGAGCUCAACAGCCUCAUGAUGCGCUCCGAAGCGAACCCGAAUCUCCGCAACGAGUUCCUCCUGAAGCCGAUCCGCAGCGGCAAGGGCGAUGGCAUAGUCUUUGGCGAGGACCUCGGAAGCGUGGAGUGGCUGGCUGCUCUGAGGCGCCAGAUGGACCCGGCUCUUGGGCUGGAGGGGAGCUGCGUGGUGCAGCGGCGGAUCGUGCCCCGUCUGUAUGACGUGGUGCUGAGGGCGUCUGGGGAGAAGAUGAGGUGUCCGUUGAUCGGGACGUAUCACGUUGUGCAUGGGGACUUGCUGGGUCUGGGGAUAUGGCGGAGUAGUAAUGAUCGGAUCUGUGCUGUUAGUCAUGGGGGGGCUUGGCUCUGCUCUGUGAUGCAGAGGGACAGGGAUUGA